CGCGGUGUGAUUGCCCAGGAGAAAGGAAGGCGCUCCAGUUCCGGGUCAGGCCCUUUUCCCGCCUCCCUCGGCCUCCGCCAUGGCGAGUAGCAGUGGUGCCGGGGCGGCGGCGGCGGCGAAUCUGAAUGCGGUGAGGGAGACCAUGGACGUUCUGUUGGAAAUUUCAAGAAUUUUGAAUACUGGCUUAGAUAUGGAAACUCUGUCUAUUUGUGUACGUCUUUGUGAACAAGGAAUUAACCCAGAAGCUUUAUCAUCGGUUAUUAAGGAACUUCGCAAGGCCACUGAAGCACUAAAGGCUGCUGAAAAUACGACAAGCUGAGUUUCUAGAGAAAUCCUGAUGGGAUAUGUCAAGCUCUUCAAGAGGAUUUGAAGAUUGCAUUGUAGUUGAGAGUGUACAAUGAAAUUACUGCAUGCAGCAGUGUAGAAACAUUUUCCUUUUUAAAAGAAUUAUAAAACCAUAGCUUUAUAAAUCAGUGGGAAAUGGCUUACAGAGAGAACUAUCAGAUGUGUUUACAUCACAUCUUACUUUUUUUUAACAGCUCUAAUGCUGGUUCGUAUUUAUGUAUUCCUUAUUUAUAGCUCUGGUAGCUUUAAUUUCCUAAGCAGUCUGUCUAUCAGAUGUGCACAUCUGCUGUGCCUGGUUGAAGUAUAGUGGAGCCCAUCAGAAGUAAUGUAGUAGUUAUGACUUGUUGACAUUUCCAUUAUAAAAUUUAAUUUUGAAUUGUUUAUGCAAAAUAACUGUGGAUUUAUGUUGUAUUGGGCUGAAAGUUGACAGAAUUUCACCCACCUUAUUUAUGGAUUUUGAUUUAGACUUACAUAUAUCAGAAUCUUUUUUAUAAGAGCAGAGAAAUCAUUUCUUCCCAUCUGCUCUUUAACAAAGAAUGUUUAGUUUUUUUAAACAAAAGUUUGUCUGGCAGUUAACAGUAUGAGCCAGAUCAUUUUUGAAUUGAUUGAAAAAUAAAACUUAGAAACUUAGAUGUUAAAAGUAAUGACAGUGCUUAGUUUUGUCAUUUGAAUCAUUUACAUUUAAUGAGAAUAUUAAUUGAUAAUAUUUUUCUUUCUAAGUUUUAUACAUAAAUGGUGGCCUAAAGAAAUAAUGCAUAGUGAAACAGUCCUAACGGCAAAAUUCUUUAAUUUUAUUACUAAAAAUAAUUUGAGUGGUUAUCUAAUCAAUCACUAAAUAGGAAGUAUCUUUCAACAAAUCUGAUAUUUUUCUGAAGGAAUACAUAUUUCCAGUCAUUAAAAACUAAAUCAAGUGUUAUGCAUCAGGAAUUGUAAGCAUUAACUUUCUAAGGUCACUUUUGCGAGUCAUUAUUUUUUCCCUGAAAGUUUUAACUACUCAAAGUGAUGGUUCAAAAUAAGUUUUAGGAAACUUAGGAUGAUGUUAAUUCUGUUCCUGAACAGACUCUCAAUGGAAUAUUUUCCCCAAGAUUAAUAUGAUUUUAAUCUGAUUUUAUUGUAGAUUUUGUUAGCUUCCUUUUAAAUGAUAGUACAAGCAUUUACUCAUUAGCAGCUUUUUUUGUUCUUCAGACAAAGUAAGACUUAGUAGUAUUUAAGUGGCAACCGUCUGUACUGUUGUAAAAAUCUUGUCUUUUGAUUAUUUUGAUUUUGUAAGCACAUAGCCCUUUUACCAAGGGCACUGGAAGGUCUAUUAUUGGCAGAACCUGGUUGGGAGACAGUGACUUGUGAUGCUAAAUCAUUUAUUUGUUAAUAAACGCUGCAAAUAUUGCAUGUUGUUACUUACAAGAUCAUAAAGACAACACAUCUGUCAGGCUCCAAAAUUUGUAUAUACCCUUAGGCCACAAGAGUCCAUAGUUUUAUUUAUGAUUUUGUAGAUUAAGUUAUUUAUGUAUAAAACAAAGCAGGAAAAUAUAUUGAGGAGUUUUGUUUACAAAGAACUUUAAUGUGUUAUACUUAAAUGUAAACAUAUAUUUUUAAUGCAUACUUGUACUAUUUAACGAAAUCAAAACAAAUUGUAAUGAUACAAUUGGCAAUGUUCUGCAUGUUGUCAAUGACAAAAAUAAAACCAUUUUGGUGGUAUUGGCAUGUA